AUGUCCGGGCUUAUCGAAAAGGUCAGCAUCCUUCGAAAUGACUCCAUUCAUGUUGGCUACAAUAUGUCGUCGCAUAUUGUGGACGAAAUUUUAACGAAAAAGGCUUCUUCCACUUAUGUCUUAAUCACAGAUUCCAACAUUGUCAAGAUGGGGCAUUUACAGACUUUCGUUGAUGAGUUUAACAGGCUCAUCCCCUCCAAGAGGCCUGGCUCCAGAAUUCUUACUUAUGUCGUCCCCCCUGGAGAAGCCAAUAAGAACAGAGCUACGAAGGCUGCUAUUGAAGAUUAUCUUCUUGAGAAGGGCUGUACCAGAGAUACCUUUAUUCUUGCCAUUGGAGGUGGUGUGAUUGGUGAUAUGAUUGGAUAUGUUGCAGCUACAUUCAUGCGUGGGGUCAGAUUUGUACAGAUUCCUACUUCCCUCUUAGCUAUGGUUGACUCCUCCAUUGGAGGUAAGACUGCAAUAGACACACCUCUAGGUAAGAACUUCAUUGGUGCUUUUUGGCAACCUGACUAUGUUUUUGUUGAUGUGGCAUUUUUAGAAACGUUGCCUGAGAGAGAAUUUAUCAACGGUAUGGCUGAGGUUGUCAAGACUGCCGCUAUCUGGAACGAGCAAGAGUUCUCCAGAUUGGAAACCUACUCAAAAAGGUUUUUGAAGGUUAUAAGGGAUAGAAGAGUCGAUGACUCUGUUGAUUUAACUUCUUUGAAAGAGCACAUCAUCAAAUUGGUACUAGAGUCCAUCAAAGUCAAGGCUGAAGUAGUCACCCUAGAUGAACGAGAAGGAGGACUAAGAAAUCUCUUGAAUUUUGGUCACUCCAUCGGUCAUGCUAUCGAAGCCAUACUCACACCUCAGGCCCUUCAUGGAGAGUGCGUUUCAAUAGGUGCAGUUUUGGAAGCCGAACUUUCUAGAUACUUGGGAAUUCUGUCACCAGUCGCAGUUUCAAGGUUAUACAAGUGUUUCGCCGCUUACGGUUUGCCCGUGAGUAUUGCUGAUAAGUUAGUGCAGAAAAGAACAAACGGUAAGAAAUGUCCUGUUGAUGUUUUACUUCAAAAAAUGGCCAUUGACAAAAAGAAUGAUGGGUCGAAGAAAAAGGUUGUCCUCUUAUCUAAAAUCGGAAAAUGUUAUGAACCUAAAGCAUCUUAUGUCAACGAUGAGGAUCUAAGAUUUGUGUUGACUGAUGAGGUUCUUGUAAAAGAUUUUAACUCUGCUCCAUCUACCGCAGUAGUUGUGCCCCCAGGUUCUAAAUCGAUUUCCAAUAGAGCCUUAAUUCUUGCUGCUUUGGGUAAAGGUGAAUGCAAGAUAAAGAACCUACUUCAUUCUGAUGACACCGAACACAUGUUAAAUGCAGUUGCCGCACUCAAGGGAGCUGACAUUUCCUUUGAUGACAACGGAGAAACUGUUGUUGUCACUGGUAAUGGCGGAAACUUCACAGCAACUGACGCUGAAAUUUACUUGGGAAAUGCUGGAACUGCUUCCAGAUUUUUGACCUCCGUUGCAUCCAUAGUUAAACCUGACUCGAACACCACCCAUGUAAUCCUCACAGGCAAUGCCAGAAUGCAAGAGAGACCAAUUGGACCAUUAGUCGAUGCCCUUAGAACUAACGGCUCUGACAUUGAAUAUCUAAACAGAGAAGGUUCGCUACCAUUAAAAAUCAAAUCUGGAAAUGGACUUAAAGGAGGCCGUAUUGAACUCGCCGCUACAAUAUCUUCACAGUACGUUUCUUCCGUGCUAAUGUGCGCACCAUAUGCUUCAGAACCUGUCACGCUGUCUCUCGUAGGUGGAAAACCUAUAUCUCUGCUUUACGUCGAUAUGACCAUUGCGAUGAUGAAAAGUUUUGGUAUUGAAGUUACGAAGUCCACCACUGAGCCUUACACUUACCACGUCCCUCAAGGCCAUUAUGUCAACCCAGCAGAAUAUGUUAUUGAGUCCGAUGCCUCCUCUGCCACUUAUCCGUUAGCUUUUGCUGCCAUGAACGGCACUCAAGUGACGAUUCCAAAUAUUGGAUCUUCUUCCUUGCAGGGUGAUGCAAGAUUUGCAGUUGAUGUCUUGAAACCUAUGGGAUGUAAAGUUGAACAAACUGCUACUUCCACGACCGUCCAGGGCCCAACCAAAGGCACAUUGAAACCAUUGCCAUUAGUUGACAUGGAGCCAAUGACAGAUGCUUUUUUGACCGCAUCCGUUGUAGCUGCUAUUGCUAAUGAUACGAACCAAUCAACCUCAAUUGUCGGGAUAAGCAAUCAACGCGUUAAGGAAUGCAACAGAAUUGAAGCAAUGAUCACACAGCUUGCUAAAUUUGGUGUAAGAGCUAAAGAGUUAGAAGAUGGUAUCGAAGUUUUUGGAAUAGACUAUCAUCACUUGAAGACUCCAUCAGACGGAGUUUACACCUACGAUGACCAUAGAGUUGCCAUGAGUCUUUCAUUACUUGCAGGUUUGGCUGAAUCUCCAGUGCUUAUUCAGGAACGUCAUUGUACUGGUAAGACAUGGCCCGGAUGGUGGGAUAUCUUGCAUACCACAUUCAACGUUGAGCUUGAUGGACAUGAAGCUGUUGUAGAAACUACUACAGCCAAGGCUAAUGAAGACAAAUCCAUUAUCGUUAUUGGCAUGAGAGCAGCAGGUAAGAGUACACUUUCCCAUGUUAUUGCUCAAACUUUGAAGGGUUUCAAGGUUGUAGAUUUGGAUGAUGUGUUUGUUGAGAAGUAUGGUGAUAUCAGAGAAUUUAUCAAAGAAAACAGUUGGGAGUUGUUUAGGGAAAAGGAGGCUAUGAUUGCGAAGGAGGCUUUUAAAAACUACUCAAAGAAUACUGUGAUUUCCACUGGAGGUGGAAUUGUUGAGACUGAAGCAUCCCGCAAAUUAUUGAAGCAACAAAUGAAGGAUGGUCAUAUUGUUCUUCAUUUGCAUCGUGACAUCGAAGAAACUGUCGUCUUCUUAUCUCAAGACAAGACUCGUCCAGCAUAUGUGGAUGAGAUUAAUCAGGUUUGGGAAAGAAGGAAAAAUUUAUACAAAGAAUGUUCUAACUACUUCUUUUUCUCUCCUCAUUGCCAAACUGAAAGAGAGUUUUUCACUUUGAAGAAAACUUUCAGUAAAUUCAUUAACAGAAUCACAGGUGGGGCCGUUCCAAGUAUUCCCAACGGCCGCUCAGCUUUUGUGUGUCUAACGUAUGAAGACCUGGCACCCGUUAGCUCAAAGCUGACUAGGGUCACCAAUGGUUGUGAUGCGGUAGAACUUAGAGUUGAUUUGCUAAAACAACAUGACUCUCAUUUCAUCAGCAAUCAGAUUGGUAUUUUAAGAAACCAGACAAGUGUUCCUAUCCUGUUCACCAUCAGGACAAAGAGCCAAGGAGGAAGAUUCCCAGAUGAUAGUUACGAAGACAUUGAAAGACUUCUCAAUUUGGCCAUCAAACUGGGUGUUGAGUACGUUGAUUUAGAGUUGUCUUUACCAGAGUCAUUACUUGACAGUGUAGCAUCUAAAAGACAAUUUACUAAGAUCAUUGGAUCGCAUCAUGACUUCUCAGGCACUGUAAAGUGGAAUAAUGUGGAAUGGGAAAACAAGUAUCUCUUAGCUCUGAAGUUGAAUGUUGAUAUUAUUAAAUUUGUUGGAACUGCGACGAGCUUGAACGACAAUUGGGAAUUGGAACAUUUUAGAAGUCUUCAUACUGAUAAGCCCUUCAUUGGAAUCAAUAUGGGACCUCUAGGAAAAGUUUCCAGAGUCUUCAACACAAUUUUGACUCCAGUAACUCACAAAGAUCUUCCCUCAAGUGCAGCCCCAGGUCAACUAACCUUGAAAGAGAUUAACGAGUAUUUUGGACAGUUUGGAGGAAGCAGCCGUAAAAAGUUUUACAUUGUUGGAAAACCUAUCAGCCACUCCAAGUCUCCUGAACUGCAUAAGACCUUCUACGAUGAAUUUGGUUUGAGUCACACAUUUGACAAAUUUGAAACAGAUGACGCAGCUAAGGUUUUCAAUGAUCUUGUGAAAGGUAACGAUGAACUGGGCGGCUGCGCAGUAACCAUUCCCCUCAAAAUCGACAUGCUGAAGUAUGUGAAUGAGCUUACUGAUUCAGCAAAGUCCAUUGGUGCAUUGAAUACUAUAAUCCCAAUUGGGGAUGGUAGAUUUAUUGGAGAUAACACCGACUGGAUUGGAAUCAGAGACUCCCUUCAUCAGGCUGGAUGCGAGAUAGCUCCCGAAUCUAGUGUCGGCUUGGUAGUAGGAGGUGGCGGAACCUCAAGAGCAGCAGUUUAUGCUCUCCAUCAAAUGGGAUGCUCUAAGAUCUACAUGUUGAAUAGAACUCCAUCUAAGCUUAGUGAGAUCAAGAAUCAUUUCCCAUCAAAUUAUAACAUACAUAUUGUUGACUCUCUGGAUGCAAUUGAUGAGGACGACAAGCUGGAUGCUGCUGUAUCAACAGUUCCAGGAGAUAAACCUCUGGACGACCAGUUGAUCUCUUUGCUUAAGAAGUUGUUAGAGAAGAAACGUGGUCAUGCUGUGCUCCUAGAAGCAGCUUACAAACCUAGAGAGACGCCAAUUAUGGCAUUGGCAUUUUCCAGAGGCUGGAAAGUUGUUCCUGGGAGUAAGAUGCUAGUUAACCAAGGAAUUGAGCAAUUUUACAAGUGGACUGGCUAUCAAUUCUCCUCCCACAUUGAUCUGUAG